AUGUUUUGCUUCACCAAAAUGAAACGCAAUAGAAUCCAAACUUUAUUCCACGUGUGUCUUCUCUUCAGCGCCGUGUCGAUCUGUCAGUGUGCUCAUUUAAAAUAUGCUCAGAAGCUGCUGACUGAUUUAAUGACCAACUACACGAGUGCACUGAGGCCCGUGGAGGACACAAACACCAUCCUGAAUGUGACUCUACAGGUUACACUGUCACAUAUUAUUGACAUGGAUGAGCGAAAUCAAAUCUUGACUGCAUAUUUGUGGAUAAGGCAGGUGUGGUUUGAUGCACACCUCAAAUGGAAUAAAGAUGACUACGAAGGCCUUGAUACUAUUCGUAUACCUGGUAGUAAUGUAUGGAGACCUGAUAUAGUCCUUUAUAACAGUGCAGACAAUCAUUUCACUGGCCCAAUGGACACUAAUGUGGUGAUCCAACAUGAUGGCCAGAUGAUGUGGGAUUCCCCGGCUAUCACCAAGAGUUCGUGCAGAGUGGAUGUGUCUUUCUUCCCCUUUGAUGGUCAGCAGUGCAGGUUCACUUACGGGUCUUGGACCUAUAAUGGCAACCAGCUCGACAUCCAGAACGCCAUGGAAAGCGCCGACCUGGCUGACCUGGUGGAGAACGUGGAGUGGGAGGUGCUCGGUAUGCCGGCCAAGAAGAACAUUGUUCUAUAUGGCUGCUGCGCUGACCCGUACCCAGAUGUGACCUACACGCUAAAACUCAAAAGAAGAGCUUCGUUCUAUGUUUUCAACCUGCUCAUCCCCUGUGUGAUGAUCUCUUUUCUGGCACCGCUUGGCUUCUACCUACCAGCUGAUUCAGGAGAAAAAGUUUCUUUAGGGGUCACUGUGAUGCUGGCACUCACUGUCUUUCAGCUGUUGGUUGCAGAGAUCAUGCCACCUUCUGAAAAUGUACCACUUAUUGGAAAAUACUACAUUGCAACAAUGACCAUGAUCACAGCAUCUACUGCUUUGACCAUCUUCAUCAUGAACAUUCACCACUGUGGCCCGGAUGCCAAGCCUGUUCCUAAAUGGGCCAAAACCAUCAUUUUGCAGUACAUGGCCAGAAUGUUCUUUGUUUACGAAGUUGGGGAGAACUGCAUGUCAGCACAGACAGAGAAACAACAACGUCCUCCUGGAAAGAACACCAACUGCACCAUGAAUGGUCAGGCAGGACCAGGCAGAGAGGACUUCAAAAUAGAAUGUGGUCAAGCAACAAUGAACCCCAUCAUCCCAGAGGAGAGAGAGGACAUGGAUCACACAAUGAGUUCAAUAGACUCAGUUGGAAGGAAUACGACCACUCACUCCAGCACUUGGAGCUAUGGUGUCUUUACAAGCAUGGACUGUGAGGGCUCAGGGGGUCUGAAGAGAUGCAGGAAGGGAGGAGUAAGUGAAGAAGAGAAAAAAGAUGGAGACACUUCCUGUAAAACUCACAGCAAUACUGAAGCACUGUUGCAGAACAUUGACUACAUCGCCAGCUGUUACAGAGAUCAGAGGGCAACGCAGAGGAAAACCGGAGAAUGGAAGAAAGUAGCUAAAGUGCUGGACCGUUUUUUCAUGUGGAUAUUUUUCAUAAUGGUGUUUUUAAUGAGCCUUCUCAUCAUGGGCAAAGCCAUCUAA